CUCGCUCGCUCUCUCUCUUCUUCCCAUUCGCCUUUUUCUAUCUGUCUGCCUGCAGAGGAAUUGUAUGCGCUCGCGCUUCCCGUCCCAAUCCCCCUCCUCCCCACCCAGCCCCGCAAUCUCGCAGUCUCCCUCACCCCCCCGCUCCUGCUGCUGCUUCUCCUCGCUCGCACUGCACUAUCACUCUCUCUCUCACUCUCUCUCAACGAACCGAACGUGCUGGACGCUCGCUCCUCAUCUGUCGUUGUGUCUGCGUGCGCGUGUCCCCCCUCCUCCCGCCCCCCCUCCCCUCACGAAGUGUCGAUUGUAGCUACUCUUCCAUUGUGGCCUUCCGAGUCCAGUUGUCGACGUAGAGACGGAGAGUCAUCGAGGUCGAGAGACGAGGUGGCGGUUUUCUCAUCGGAACGAUUUCCGAGUUUGAAGUUUCGUCUGCAGUUUUCGACAAGGUGAGGGAGAGAUAGAGAUAGAGAGAUAGAGAGAUAGAGAGAGAGAGAGAAGUGAAAAGGAAGUGAAAAGCGUGCGUAAGAAGAACUGAAGUGCCUCGUUUGUGCGGGACUGACUUUCGGGCUCGGUAGGAUCUGCAGCGAGAGUGUAAUGCGCGGGCACAGGCCUGGGUUUGGUGCUGCGUCCGAGUGUUGAUAGCUAUGGCAGCGGGGUUCGGGCUCCCUCCGUGUAGUUUGAGAUAGUUGUGGCUGCUCCCCGAGCAGCAGAGCGCGAGGGAGGGAGGGAGGGAGGGCAAGGAGAACUCACACGCUUGUCACGAAGAUUGCCCCACUGGUUCUGGGAGCAGUAGAAGACCGAGGUCACACUCGAACCACUUAAUCAGUCGACUCGACAGAAUUGAAUCCCCGAAGGAGCAGCAGUCCGGUACCUUGCUCGAGGGACGGGAGAAAGGAUAGAGGAACGAAGGAGCUGAAGCAGUUAGAGCAGCGCGGGCAGCCGGGGUUAGUUAGGAGGCGAUAGCGUGGUCGGAGAAGGUCGGAGGGCGGAGCCAAUUGCUUGCUGCACGUGAGAGAGUAGUCAUGGAUAUGGCGCAGCAGCCGAUGAAUAUGAUGCCGGGGCAACAGCAAAUGCAGUAUCCUCAGAUGGCCCAGAAUCCUCAGAUGCAAGCGCAGAUGCAACAGCCGUAUCCGCAAGGCUCGCCGGGAGUGCCGUCGCCCCCUGGCCCAUCGGGACAGCCGCAGGGUCCGUAUCCCGGGGCGCUCGCGCAACAGCAGGUCAGUUUCCAGCAUCUGCAGCAGCAGCACCAGCAGCAAUUGCAGAUGUUCUGGCACAGUCAAAUGAACGAAAUUGAGCAGGUGUCGGAUUUCAAGACGCACCAGCUUCCUUUGGCUCGAAUCAAGAAAAUCAUGAAAGCAGACGAAGACGUAAGAAUGAUCUCAGCUGAGGCGCCCGUCCUCUUCGCCAAGGCGUGCGAAAUGUUCAUUCUCGAGUUGACUCUCCGGUCGUGGAUUCACACGGAAGAGAACAAGCGCAGGACCCUGCAAAAGAACGACAUCGCUGCAGCCAUCACGCGCACGGACAUCUUCGAUUUCUUGGUCGAUAUCGUGCCCCGCGACGAGCUCAAAGACGAGACUGCUCUGGGCGGGGUGCCCCGCGCAGCUCUGCCCGUGGGCUCGCCAGCUGAUGCCAUUCCUUACGGCGGUGGCAUGUACUACGUCGCCACGGGCCAACCUCAGGGCGGGCCUCCCAUGCAGCAGGGGCAGCCGAACAUGAUGGGCUCUCCGGCUAUGAUGGUUGGGAGGCCCGGAAUGCCCAUGGAUCCGGCCAUGUAUGGCCAACAGGCCAGACCUCCGACGAUGCAGUACAUGCCGCCACAAUCAAUGCAGCAGAUGUGGCCGCAGUCCGGCUCGUCACCAGGAAUACCGCCGAGUAGUUGAAUGAGGAUCACACUGGGGCUUCUCAACUGGAAGUCGCGUCGUGUGCAGUGCAGCAGCUCGAUGGUUGAUUGUAAUUAGUGGAAGUUGGAACUCGAUGUGCAAAUUCCUUUUCUGCUUACAAGAGUCUGAGAAGGAGUAGGACCAGUUAGUAGGGGCAAGAUACAAACACUGGGCGGCGAUAAGGCUGGAGUCGUUUGUGUAGAUAGCCGUAUUGCCGCCAUACGGGACCGGGAGUUCUUGAUAUGACAAUCUAGAAUGCAGAGCACCUUCUUGAAUCACCACCAUGAAGCCUUAGAGAUGCAAUUCGAAGACUCUAUCAAGGAAUUUGUGGUAGGUUAUUUUUAUUUUCCAGGAUUCCAAAUUUUUAGGACCUUGUGAUAUAGCUGCUGCUUUUGGUCCUUGCUCUGGCAUUAAGAAUCGACAGGAAGGCAGCAAAUAUGCUGCAAACACUCCGAUGAUGGUGAUUGUAUGAUUUGACCAUAGUAAAUUUCGCUAUUUUGUUGAUUAAUCGAACUCUACGUGCCUGGUUCACUCUGGUCUCAGAUCUCUAAUCAGGUCCCAUGCAAUUGGUGUCGUGAAGUCAAGUUCUUCCACUGUCUGUUUUCUGUGAGAAAAUCUCAAUUCUGGCUGUUUCAUCUGCUGAAAUUGUGCUAGUUGUGUAGAGGGAGCACAUCCUGUACGACUGUAAGUCGUACAGCAUGAUUGUCAGGUUUGACUACUAUGUAUCACAUUCUGUUCCACACAUGUUAUAUUCAGAUCUGAGUCAGCAUAGCUGUUCCUGAUUUCAGGCACUUAGUAUUACUGCUGUGCAAUAUCUGAAAACGAAACCGCUUGUUGAGAUCCCACACCAGCAGUUACGGCAAGGACAGC